CGUCAUUUAAGGCUUUUAAUAAGCCGCAAACAACAGAAAACUUUUAACUAGUCUAACUUCAGAGAACUCGGGCUGAGCGUUAGUCCCAUGCGAGGUGAAACCUUGCUGUGUAGCAAAGUGGGCAGGAGUUCGGGACUGCAAACGGCGGACGUGUCUAGUUAAAGUUGGGCUGCUCGGGAGCGGAACCGGACUGGAACGAUGCAUAUGCUGGCGACAAACGGAUCCAUCAUGGAGCCGAACUCCGAGAGGGUGAAAGUUAAAGCACACUACCGUGGGUACAUGUUAAUCACUGACUUGGCUGCUACAGUAAGCUUCUUGGAGCUGUGUGAGGAAGUGAAAACAAUGUGCAGCGUUGCUAAGCAACAGCCGAUCACUCUCAAAUGGAUUGAUGAUGAAGGAGAUCCUUGUACCAUCUCGUCUCAGAUGGAGCUAGAGGAGGCACUGCGGAUUCACAGUAGAACCAAGAGAUCUGGAUUGCUGCUGCAUGUUUUCCCCAGCAUCCCAGAAGAGCCAGGCAUGCCUUGUCCUGGAGAAGACAAAUCAAUCUACCGUCGCGGGGCCAGAAGAUGGAGGAAGCUCUACCGAGUGAACGGACACCUUUUCCAAGCCAAACGCUUUAACAGGAAAGCCUACUGUGGCCACUGUGGCGAAAGGAUAUGGGGGCUGGGCGGGCAGGGCUACAAGUGUAUCAACUGCAAACUGUUGGUCCAUAAGCGCUGUCACAGACUCCUCCCUCAGACCUGCCAAAGGCUUAUGGAUCCAGUCAUGCCAUCACAGGAGCCCCCUUCAGAUGCCAAGAGUGAGGAGGUGGAUCUUCCACCGGAUGACACAGAGGACACAGAUGGGAUAACUUUUCUUCCACACAACUGUGCAGUGGAUAAAAGGGAAGAGACGGACACAGAGGAUUCUGACCUCAAUCCCCUGCAGGACAUCAAGGACGUAGUAGACGGCAUCGACGGCAUUAAGCUUUCCCAGGGCACGACUCUAGGUCUGGGUGACUUUGAACUGGUCAGGGUGAUUGGGCGAGGCAGCUACGCCAAAGUCCUGCUGGUCCGGCUGAAGAAGAAUGAGCAGGCGUACGCCAUGAAAGUGGUGAAGAAGGAGCUGGUCCAUGAUGAUGAGGAUAUUGACUGGGUGCAGACAGAGAAGCAUGUGUUCGAGCAGGCAUCCACAAAUCCAUUCCUAGUCGGCCUCCACUCCUGUUUCCAGACGGAAAGUCGGUUAUUUCUGGUGAUUGAGUAUGUGAAUGGUGGAGACUUGAUGUUUCAUAUGCAACGACAAAGGAAGCUCCCAGAGGAACAUGCCAGAUUUUAUGCUGCAGAAAUCUGUAUCGCUCUGAACUUCCUUCAUGAAAAGGGAAUCAUUUACCGAGAUCUAAAACUCGACAACGUUCUCUUGGACCACGAAGGACACAUUAAGCUUACGGAUUACGGCAUGUGCAAGGAGGGGAUCAGACCAGGGGACACCACCAGUACAUUCUGUGGAACGCCCAACUACAUUGCACCUGAGAUCCUCAGAGGAGAGGACUAUGGCUUCAGUGUGGACUGGUGGGCUCUGGGCGUGCUGAUGUUCGAGAUGAUGGCCGGAAGGUCUCCAUUUGAUAUUAUUACAGACAAUCCUGACAUGAACACAGAGGAAUACCUCUUUCAAGUUAUCCUCGAGAAGCCCAUUCGCAUCCCAAGGUCUCUGUCAGUGAAAGCUGCCAGCGUGCUCAAGGGCUUUCUAAACAAGGACCCCAAGGAGCGCCUGGGUUGCCAGGUCCAAACAGGCUUCACAGAUAUCAAGUCACACACGUUUUUCCGCAGUAUAGACUGGGAGCAGCUGGAAAAGAAAGAGAUGACGCCGCCCUUCAAACCUCAAAUCUCUGAUGAGUACGGCUUGGAAAAUUUUGACACGCAGUUUACCAAUGAACCAGUGCAGCUAACACCAGAUGACGAGGACAUCAUCAAGAGAAUUGACCAGUCAGAGUUUGAGGGAUUUGAAUACAUUAACCCACUGCUGCUAUCCACAGAAGAGUCCAUAUGAAGGAGAGAGAAGCUUCCUCUGUCGCCCACCUUCUGUCUGUCCAAGCAGCCGUCUUAGCCAAAAAUAAAACCAACAGAAGCCAACUGCGGAAGGCGAAGAGGACGACGAACUCACUGUGCCGGUCAUAAAGGCGAAGCAAACAGGGGAAGGGGAGAGUUUCCUUCCUUGACUAUGAGAUUGUUUGAGUAGCAGACUCUCCAGUCUGUCUUAGUUUUUAGGUGGAAAACAGACCCUGGACUAUGAGAACAUUCCCUGCCCUUCUGUUUUCCUCCCUUUUUCCUUUCAGCUUAUUUCCAUUCUUGAAUCAGAACAGAAAUGUCUCAUUCUAUGCCUGGCAUCAUGAAAACAUUACAACCCAUCACACAUCCCAGGAUGAAUAGGAGAGUACUAUAAAGAGCUUGCGAUGAUUUUAGGUGCACCUUUACUUGAUUUUUUUUCUAUCUUGUAGACGGGGCUAUGCCUCCGACCAAGGAAGAAUGUACAAUGACAAAAUAAAAAAAUUAAGUUAUUGUGUAUUAUAAUGUAGGUAGUGAAUCCAAAAUUGAUGAUGCCUUUUAUUGAUGCAAGUGGCACAUUCUCAUUCACAACACAUUUGCUUUUUUUAAAAAAAUCUUUUAUUAUUGUCUCUAACUAAACAUGGGACGCUAACUGGGAGAUGAAUUUUCUUUAAGAAGUGCCUCAAAGAUUAAAUUAAUUCUGUCUCUGAUUGCUCUUACUGGACUUUCUCGACCCAUGAUGGCUUCAGAGGGCAAAGCUCAAACAUCAGUCUACAACCCCUCGGUGAUGAUUGUCUUCAAGUUUCAGCAAGUUUCAGUUUCAGGACAAGACUAAAUGAACAAAAUGAGUUUGCUGUGUUCUUAAUGUGUUGUAAAUAUUGGGUCCUGUUUGCCAAGAGUUUGUGGUGCUGUUCUCAGCCUCCAAAAGUCUAGUAGCUGGGAAAAAGGAUUGGUUUGUUGGGAAAAAAAACAGAGCACUCUCCUGGUUCUAGCUUCUACAAGUGUUUGCAGGCCAAGCUCAACACAUCUCAGUCAGUCACCAUAAGGUUCUCUGAACAAAGACAGGCUUUGCUGGACAUGGGUCCAGUUCAGAGCUUCUAUAAUCAGUGCUUCCUAAAAUUGAGGUUUGGAUCCCACAUUAGACCAGAAAACAGAGUGAGUGUUGCUUUAGAUGAUCUUCUGCAGUUCUAACCAGGUCUUUCAUAAGAGAUAAAAACAGUUGUCAUAAUUAGAUAAAAUAGUAAAGGUUGGGGCUUCUUGUGGAGCCAAACAGCCCCAACCUUUGGAAAUGGCAUCAGGAGCUCUGUCACCCACUUGGAGCUCAGGGUAGAGCUGCUGCUCCUCCAUAUCUAAGGGAGUCAACUAACGUGGUCCUAACAUCUGGUCAGGAUGUCUCUUGGUAUAUCCCACUGGGAGGCGAACCCUGGGGAAAACUCAGAACUCUCUGGACUAUACACCCCUUCUGGCUGGAGUUGCCUUGGGAUCCUCCAGGAAGAGGUUGAGUGUCGCCUGGGAGAGGGAUGUGUGGGUUUCCCUGCUGAAUCUGUUGCCCCUGCAUCACCAGAGGAAGAUAAUGGAUGGACAGAUGACUUAAACUGAUCAUCCUAAAUUGUGGACCAAUUAUUCUCUGAUUUACUGAUAUAUUUCCCACACAGAUUUAUUGUGUUCAGUUCUAAUGUUCUGCUAUGCAGAACAUCCCAAAGUCUCUGUCCUGUCAUUAUCUGGAUCUGAGCUUAUGACCAAAGCGUAGAACCUUUUACAGCAUUGCUGAAUAUUAUAACCAUCAACAGCCCACGUAAAGCAGUCACUCUCUGCACUUUGACAUUAACUUUUGGUCUCUUCUCAAGGUAUGAAUUUAACCUUUUAGUCAACUAAGUUUCUCCAAGGAGCAAGAAAGAACAGAUAAUUGUGGCACCUAGAUGAUUAUACUGUGCUUUAGGUGCACUGGACAUCUUUACAACUUUGAUUGUUGUACAACAUAAAUGUAAUCAUCUGCAUUAGUUGGUGUAGGCCUGGCAGGUCCAAACUGGGUCUACCACAUGAAGGCUAUGAAGGGCUCAUUUCUGUCUUGACUUUUGGUUCUGGUAAAAGUCCUUGUAUUUGGGCCUAAUGCUCAAAAAGUCUCCAGUUAAAGCAGGUUUUACACAAAUGGCACCUCCUAAUCUGAGGAAAUGAUUCUCGACUGGAAAAAGAUGGCUUAUCCUCUCCAAGUUGGAGGGGGCAGUUCAUGUGUCAAGUAGAGGAGUUUAAGCAUCUUGGAGUCUUGUUAACAAGUGAGGGGAGAAUGGAGCUGGAGAGCGACAGAUGGAUUGGUGCCGUAAGGCGUACACGGCACCGAUCUAUUGUAAAGGUAGCACCAUUUACCUUUCAAUCUAUGUUCCUAUGCUAUUGCCAUGAAAUUUGGGUUAUGACUGCAUGUACAAGAUCCUGCAUACAACUGGCUGAAAUUGGUUUCCUCUGCAGGGUGGCAGGGCACUCCGUUAGAGAUAGUGUCAGGAGCUUUGGCCAUCUGGGAGGGGCUCGGAGAGGAGUAGCUGCUCUUCCACAUCGAGGACUCAGUCGAGGCUCAGGCAUUUCUUGCGACUGUCCCGUGGACGUCUCCCUCGGGAGGUGUUUCUAGCGUGCCCAACCAGGAUGAGGCCUAGAAGGCAGCCCAAGACACACUGGAGAGACUAUGUCUCUCAGCUGGCCUGGGAAUAUUUUGGGCUUUCCCCAGAGGUGUCGUCUGGGGAGAAGAAAGUCUGGGGGUCUCUGCUGAGUCUGCUGCUCCUGGGUCCCGGUCCUGGAUAAGCAGAAGACAACAAGACAGGACCAGUAACAACAACUACUAGAUGCACCAUUGAUGUUAUCUUGGAUUGGACUGACACACUGUAUGGGAGUCAUUUGUCAGGCAGUGGAAAGCAGGUCCAACAUGUGGUGCUCAGCACUGUUCAGAGCCAUUCUCAUGUUUCUUAUCCAGUAUGAGGAGUCCAUCUGCCUGCUGCAGCUUCAGCAAUAUAUUUCAAAUUAUUCUAUGUACUGCCACUCUCAAAGCUGAAAUUUAUUGAAACAUAGGAGCCUUGAACUGGGAUCACAUUUUAGUAAUUUGAGAAAUGUCAUAUUUUUCAGGUUCAGAUUUUUGUUUUCCCAGUGUCACAAAUACUUUCUUGAAGGGCAUAAAAAGCACAGACUGUUCUCCUGAGAUGGAUAAUGAAUAAUUUUCUUUUUAAAGAAAGAAAGCUGAAAUAUUAACAUAAGCCUAAUGCGGCAAAUGUUAAUUUUUAUACAUGAUUUACUUGUUUGGGGAAUCUCCUUCAUUCGAGUUUUAGCUUUUUAAACAUAAGAGUUUGCAAACAGCAAUGUUCUUCCAUCUUCUUUUUCCCAGACUUCCUUUAGAGCCAAACUUUGCUGUUUUGGAACCCUGCAAUGAUCUGUGAAUAUCAGCUGAGGACAGAGGUUUUUCUUUUUUAUCCGUGUGUUUUGGGAGAAGAGCUCUCUGUAGGCCGGGAAUUAUUAGAUGAACUGUGACCUGUGCUAAUUUGUUAACAACGUAAUAGGAUUAAUUAGCUCAUCUUGAAUCAAAGUCUUAAUAAUCUGCACAGUGGGAAUGGGUAGAUAAUGAAGCGCUUCAGUUUUCUCCAACAUGCUGACGAAGAUUAGAAUUUAAAAAUUAAAGGAUGCUUCCCAAACUCCAUCAGUUUUGCUGCAUGUUCUAAAUGUUUUUGUUGAGCUUUUUUUUCCCAACCUGAUAGCAUUUUUUUCUGAGGGACCAAUGAAUAAACUGGAAGUCCUUGAAUACAAAUUUCAGAACACCGAAGGCCAUUUUGGCACUUUGAAGAAUGAUUGAAAAAAUGAAUGAACUAAGACAGUGAUUUUUUUUAAACCUAAUGCUGGGUCAGUCUUAAUGUUGCUUCACCACAUCCUUGUAAAUAUGUGUAAUUAUUAAAAAUGAUACUGGUUUUCCGUGA